AUAUUAAUAUUUUUGUACAUAACAUAGUAAUAGCUAAAAAAAUUAUUAUAUGAAUUUGAAAUUUAUAAAAAGUGCGAAACAAAAUAAGUUAACUAGCAAUUAAAACAUAUCUUCUGCUUCAGGAGGAGUGUUUGUUUUGUUUCCCGCCUGGAUUGUUUCCGGGGGGGAAGGGCACAAUGAAAAAUUAUACAACAUGUCGGCUAGGAGAAACGUAAAAUAUGUGGAUCAAGAAGAGCCGUCAUUCUUGAAAAAAUUCAAGGAAAGAGUUGGUUAUAAAGAACCAGCAGAUAUCAAAGAUAAAUAUGCAGAGGAUAAACCGACUGCAGUAGAGGAAAGCGAAGAAAAUGAGCGGGAAAAAGAGGACGAACAACCUGUGGUUGUUCAACUUAAAAGUGGAGAUUUGAGCGCUGAAGAAGCCGCUAAAUUAAAGCAAGAAAGCAAUAACGAGGGAGAUUGCUGGGACAGCAAAACGGACAAACCCAAGUUCAAGAAACCUGAGAAGCGGUCAUCCUGCGAAAAAGAUGCUGGAAAAGACAAAAAGAAGAAGAAGAUCGAGGUGAAAGCCGUCAAAAAUAGCAAACUAUUGUCGUUUGACGAAGAUGAUGAAGAGAAUGACUAGAGAAAGAGAUGGAUGGCCAUUAGCCAGAUGUGCUGAAUUUGGUUCAUACCCCAUUACCAAACAUGGAUACUCACAAAUAUUUACAAACUAGAAUUCCUAGAAGGCAAAUACUGCUGUCUGUGUGAGUAUUAAAUUCCCAAUGAGUCAUUUACACCAAAACAAAAAUGCCAAUUGUUGACCUGAAGCAAAUGCUAGUUAGAAUAAAUGCAUGAAGGAUGAAAGAUGUGUAGAUAACUAUUAGUUGUUGAUGCAUAACUUCCCUUUUGUAUAAAAAAAAACCUGGUGUACAUAGGUCGCAAAUUUCAUCAAAUUUGACAUUAUAAACACUAUUAGCCUAAAUAUGUAAACUGAUUGGAAAUUGUACCAUUGUUUUAGGAAUUUGAGCCUUAUAAGUUUGCUCUUGAAAAUUCAAGCCACUCAAGUUAAUAGCCAAAUUUGACAUAUGCAUAUCUAUGAGUGCCAAGCAAAAAACUUGUUGAGAAAAUUUCCUUAUCAUUACCUCAUACUGCUGCAUUUACAUUGUGAAUGAUGUGAAAUACUCAUUUACAAAGCAAAUCCAUAUGUAAAUAUAACAAGUGCUUGAUCUUUAUGAUUUCAUUAAAAAAUUGAUGUUCAACAUUCA